AAUCUCUCAUUCGCAAUGAAGGGUACUGUAUCUCUGCUGGCUUUGCUGCUGUGUCUGUCUGAGACUUGGGUUCAGGGGGAGAGUAAGGGGGUGGUGAGGGACAGUGAUGGGGGAGAUAUCGGGAAGGGAGAAGUCCAGUUGGAGAGACGGAGCAUCGAGGAGGCGAUCGACCGGAGCACAUCCAACUUGGUGACCACCGUUCCGCCUGACAUCUGGGCUGAACUGCUGCAGCUGAGAGACAUGGUGGUGGAGCAGAGAGUGGAGCUGAGGAUCUUGGACUCCGGACUGAAGGAGACCGAGAGCCAGGUGGACAAACACAAGAUAGAGCUGGUCCUCACCAGGAACGACGUGGAAGAGCUUGAGAUGACCAACGCUGUUUUGGACUCCAGACUGAAAUCCAGUGAGAACCAGGUAGCAAAGCUAACGAGACAGAAUGCUGAUCAAGUCUUGGACCUCUUCAACAUGAAGGCUGAACUUCAGCUCCACCAGAACAAGCUGGCCCACUUGGAGAGAGAGAAUGCGGACCAAGCCUUGGAGCUCUUAGACCUGAGGUACGGACUGGAAACCAGUGAGGGUGAUAUUCAGUUCCACAACAACAGUAUCAACAACUUGAAGAAGGAGAACGGUGUCCAGGACAAUGAACUACAUGGUCUGACAGUCAACCAGAACACCAUGAAGAGCCAAUUGGAGGAACUGCAGAGAGAUAACACCAAGGUCGCCUUCCAUGCUGCUUUGACAAAUUCUGGAGACGUUGGACCCUACUCCGAAGAUAGAAUCCUGAAGUUCAGCAAAGUUCUCACCAAUGUUGGCAACCGCUACAGCCCUGUGACAGGGUACUUUGAGGCGCCAGUGAGAGGAGUCUACUACGUCAGAUUUACAGUGUGUGGCCCAAACUUUAAGGACAAUAUGGGUGUGAAACUGCAUAAGGAUGAUGUUGUGAUCCUUUGGAAUUAAAAGAAUAAGGCUAAUGAUAAUUGGGAGUACAUAUCCAAUGCUGUUGCUCUGGAGCUGAAUGAAGGGGACCUGUUGUACCUGGAAAUCCCUGCAGAUAAAAAGCUUUAUGAUAAUUCGAACAACCAGAGCACCUUUACUGGCUUCUUGCUGUUCCCCUUGUGAGCAAAUAAGGAGAAUGUGGUAUUCUA